CAAGAACGCUGCUGAUCUAUAACGGCUUAACAGCUCAUCCGGUAUAGCUUUGGCUCUGGACUUGGAUUGAGUUUUUGGGUGUCUAUCUGGCACAUGGAUGUGGGGACUUUCAGCUACGCUACCACAGCGGCUGAGAAGCACAGCCGUCCUGGUGGUUUUUUUAGCGCACCCUUCCGUCAUGCACGCGUGUAGUCAAGUCCAAAGGGUUUGCUUGCUGAUACUCCGCCGCAGAUCCCUUCUAAUAAUUGACGAAGCUACAUGAAGAAAGGCAAAAAAAAAAAUACCAUGGGAGGUUGCAAUUUAAGUUGUGACAGUUCGCAGCGGGCUCCAAUUGAUGCCGUAUGGGAAUCUCAAGACCUGAAACUUGAUACGACCCAGUAACGGUGCUGGAUCACUCUACUGCGGUACACAUAGAGCUUGGCAUACCGCCUACACGAACUUUCAUCCCUGACACGGCGGUGGUGCUGGGUAUAAGACAUGGUGACGCAUUGCUGGUCGCGUAAACAUGCUCGGUCAUACAUCCCUGUUUAUACCAUACCUGGCACGCUUGGUUUGAAAUAUCGAGGCAUAGCUGAUAAACCCCCUAUUCCUGGCACAUCUCCCGGAAUUUCAUUUAUGGCUAAUCCAGCUAAUCACGAGAACAAUAGGGAUUUUGCAGCCAUCCUGUAAGCUAGGUUUGCGCGAGUGCACCAGCAGAGCAAGGCUGCACUAGAUGCGAGCCACAGGCGCUAAAUGUAUGCAUCUCGAGCUGAAAAAGGAGGGUACUUGGAAGAUUCCAAC